GGGAGAAGCAGAAGAAGAAGAAGGGGCUGUUGCCCAUGCUUGCUUACAUCCACACUCACACUCUUCAGUCACAACAACUCUCUCUCUUAGACAAGCAGGAAUAAACCUGACACAGAUAUAUACCCGGGUGAUUAUCCACUCCAGUCCAGUGGAGCUACAGUAUUAGAAUGGGGGGACAAGCUAAAAAGAAGAGCAAGGCUAAGAGGAAAGAGAACCGUGGAGGAGCUUCAGGUCACACACUAAUGUCACCCCAGGAGAGGAUGAAGGCCAAGAUGCAGGAGAAAGCCAAGAAGAAAACUGCUGAGAAGUACACUGUUGACCAGUUACUGGAGAAGACAGAAGAGUCUAUGGACAACUUUGACUUCCCCAUGGCGAAGAUGUUCUGUCAGCGUGCCCUGGACAUGGAGCCCACCAACCUGAGCGUUCUGAACAUGCUAGGAAACAUCUGUGCUGAGUUGGGGGACGUGGAUAAAGCUAAACAGGUCUUCCUGAAAGCAGUGGAGCUGAGUCCAGAGGAAGGCCACAGCAAGUACAUGUACCUGGGUCAGAUUCACGCCGGCAUGGAGGCCGUGCAGUAUUUCAGCAAAGGCAUCAAGGUCAUGCUCAAUGCCAUAGACAAGCAGGCCCAAGAGGCUGGUGAUAUGGGAGCAGCUGCCAUGCCUUCAGAACCUUCUAUAAGUGCAAAGGACGUAUCUGUGGCCUUCUGUUCCAUUGCUGAGAUCUUCUUCACUGAUCUUUGUAUGGAGGAGGGAGCAGCUGAGAAGUGUAAGGAGGCCAUAGAGAAAGCACUGCACUACGACCAGCACAACCCUGAAGCACUCCAGCUAAUGGCCAGCUAUCUGUUCAGCAUCGACAAUACAGAGGAGGGUCGAGACUACCUGAUUAAGAGUGUGUCGUCAUGGUUACCGAGUCUACAGAAGGAGGAAGAGUCUUCAGCGUGUGUGGAGCAGCCUGAGGAUGAGGAGCCACAGAACUCCAUUCCGCCGUACGAGUCACGAAUCACCACGGCCAAACUGCUGAUAGAAGCUGAAGAGUUCGAGAUGGCCACAGAGGUGCUGGAGGGGCUGUUAGAGGAGGAUGAUGAGGUUGUUCAGGUGUGGUAUUUGUUGGGGUGGCUGUUUUAUCUACAACUGGACAAACCAGAGACCACUGAGGAUCCAGAGAGCCUCAAAAAAUCAGCCAGAACUUACCUCACCAAGGCCAAGAAGCUCUACGUGAAGCUGCGCUGCGAGGACCCGCCCAUGAUGGAGCACACGGAGCAACUCCUUGGAGAACUGGGAGGAGAGCUGGUGCCUGAAGGUGAUGGUGAUGAUGAAGCUGGACCCUCUAUAGACGGCAUUGGAGAUGACUUCAUUCAGAGCAGUGAGGAUGAAGAGGAGGAUGAAGCCAUGGAGCACUGAAAGCACCCUUCUCUACACAACCUUUAUUCUAUUUUUUCUAUUGUUUUUUUUGUUUGUUCCUUUUUUUUUUUAAACCCAGGGCCUAAAUUCAAGGGCUACACGAACCCAAAGUCCACUAUUAUCAUGUCCUGAUGGUUAUAAUUUGAGAAGAGGCUUCUGAGGUUAAAACCCUGUUUCAGGGCACAUCUGUCCACUGCAUUCUUCUCUCAUCUAUCUCUGUUAUUUUUUUCUCUUUCAGGAUCAACCAGUAGCCAUUUUCUUAAUACGUUUGUUUUGUUGGCCAAAACAAGUGCCUUUUAUCCUUUGUACCAGAACCCGCUGUGUAUAUGUUGCUUUAUGUCCUCGCGGUGAGAACAAGACAAGAACACGGCUCUAACAACAGUCCAUUGAUAAAAGAAUUGGAGUGUUUAUAUGACAUUUUGCUCCAGACCUUUCAGCCUUUCAAUUAUCCUCCCUCUCCCCCAGACUCCCCCUGUGUUUUAUAAUCAUAUUAUAAAUGUGAUUGCUGUGGGCUGUAUGUAAUAAGAUGGAAAUGUCAUUAGGGAUUAAAAAUGACUUUUAAGUCAAA